UUGCUGGAGGCCAGUCGGUCUUCAUGGACAUAGCACCUCCUUUUAUUACCGAACACCGAUUUCCUAAAUAUUCGGAUAAUUUUUUUAUAUCACAUCGAAACAACGAUGGGAAACUCUGCAUCUCGACAGAAAUUAAACGUGUGGGUAACCCUGGAGCGAGGCUCCUCCUUGGUGGACUCCAUCAAGCUCUCGUGCAAGGACUCCACCUGCUGCCUGAAGAGGAGGCGUACGGUCGCCUCCGUCAAGUUCCCCGUGGAAGGUUGGUCUUGCGUCGCAGGGAUUCAAGGCUGCCACGCCGAGGGUGAGCUGCGUGUGCCCUUGGCGAAGCUGUGCAAGAAAGACGGCAACGCGGCCGUCAGGGUGCAAUGCGCCUCGCUUGGGAAGCCAGUCUUCACCUCUUCCAUGCCGCUGGCCUGGCUGCUGGACAACAUCAGCGGCCUCCACUUCUCUCUCUUCUGUGACGACGGGCCCGCCUUCACCAGCCUCCGGUGCAACGGGAGGCGGUGUGGCGAGCCCAUCCGGGCGGUGAGCCCUGCACCGCGUGCGGCCACUGAAGGGAUGGCCAGGACCAAUGAGGCUGAUGCAUGGGCAGCCUUUGAAGUGACGACCCAUGAUGACUGGUCCGUGGAGGUUGAUGAUUCAUGGGCAUCCCCAGACUUGGUGACCUCCGUUGCUAUGGUCGAGGCUGAUGAUUCAUGGGCAGCCUUUGAAGCAAUGACCCGUGGUGACUGGUCCGUGGAGGCUGAUGAUUCAUGGGCAGCCCCAGACUUGGUGACCUCUGUUGCUGUGGUCGAGGCUGAUGAUUCAUGGGCAGCCUUUGAAGCAAUGACCCGUGAUGACUGGUCCGUGGAGGCUGAUGAUCCAUGGGCACCCGCCGAAUUGGAGACCGCCAUCACCGAUGAGGCUGAUGAUUCAUGGGCAGCCUUUGAAGCAAUGACCCGUGAUGACUGGUCCGUGGAGGCUGAUGAUCCAUGGGCACCCGCCGAAUUGGUGACCGCCAUCACCGAUGAGGCUGAUGAUUCAUGGGCAGCCUUUGAAGCAAUGACCCGUGAUGACUGGUUCGUGGAGGCUGAUGAUCCAUGGGCACCCGCCGAAUUGGUGACCGCCAUCACCGAUGAGGCUGAUGAUUCAUGGGCAGCCUUUGAAGCAAUGACCCGUGAUGACUGGUCCGUGGAGGCUGAUGAUCCAUGGGCACCCGCCGAAUUGGUGACCGCCAUCACCGAUGAGGCUGGUGUUCCAAUGGCACUCCUUGAAGUGACGACCCGUGAUGACUCGUCUGAUGAGGCUGAUGAUCCAUGGCCAGCCUUUGAAGCAAUGACCCGUAAUGACUCGUCUGAUGAGGGUGAUGUUCCACUGGCACUCUUUGAAGUGACGACCCGUGAUGACUCGUCUGAUGAGGGUGAUGUUCCAUUGGCACUCUUUGAAGUGACGACCCGUGAUGACUCGUCUGAUGAGGGUGAUGUUCCACUGGCACUCUUUGAAGUGACGACCCGUGAUGACUCGUCUGAUGAGGGUGAUGAUCCAUGGCCAGCCUUUGAAGCAAUGACCCGUAAUGACUCGUCUGAUGAGGGUGAUGUUCCACUGGCACUCUUUGAAGUGACGACCCGUGAUGACUCGUCUGAUGAGGGUGAUGAUCCAUGGCCAGCCUUUGAAGCAAUGACCCGUGAUGACUCGUCUGAUGAGGGUGAUGAUCCAUUGGCAUCCGCCGAAUCGGUGACCGCCAUCACCGAUGAGGAUGAUGCUGCAUGGGACGCCCUCGAAUUGAUAACCAGUAAUGACUGGUCUGAUGAGGAUGCUGGUGCAUGGGAAGCCCUCGAAUUGAUAACCAGUAAUGACUGGUCUGAUGAGGAUGAGGAUCCAUGGGAUGCCCUCGAAUUGAUAACCAGUAAUGACUGGUCUGAUGAAGAUGAUGAUCCAUGGGAUGCCCUCGAAUUGAUAACCAGUAAUGACUGGUCUGAUGAGGAUGAUGAUCCAUGGGAUGCCCUCGAAUUGAUAACCAGUAACGACUGGUCUGAUGAGGAUGAUGAUCCAUGGGCAUCCGCCGAAUCGGUGGCCGCCAUCACCGAUGAGGAGGAUGAUCCAUGGGAUGCCCUCGAAUUGAUAACCAGUAAUGACUGGUCUGAUGAGGGUGAUGAUCCAUGGGAUGCCCUCGAAUUGAUAACCAGUAAUGACUGGUCUGAUGAGGAUGAUGAUCCAUGGGAUGCCCUCGAAUUGAUAACUAGUAAUGACUGGUCUGAUGAGGAUGAUGAUCCAUGGGAAGCCCUCGAAUUGAUAACCAGUAAUGACUGGUCUGAUGAGGAUGAUGAUCCAUGGGAAGCCCUCGAAUUGAUAACCAGUAAUGACUGGUCUGAUGAGGAUGAUGAUCAAUUGGAAGCCCGCGACUUGAUAACCAAGAAAGAUGGCAUCCUUAGCCUCCCACGGGUGCUUGGAUGA